CGGCACUUCUUCUUUCAGCAGAGCAGCAGCGCUGGUUUCGCGCCCGGUAGUUUCGUACUAGACGUUAUGAAGUUGGCCGGGAAGUCCUAACAAUAGCCUGAACUGUUUUUUCGGCAAAGAGCCAUAUUACAUAAACAUUGUUCUUAAAAAAAAAAUCAGGCGCUAUUAGGGCAGCCCAACAAAACACAGUCUUUCCCAAACAAGACCCAGAAGUGGCGGCCGGGUAAUUUGAAUCACAGACGUCUGGACUUAUGCGUACUGGCGGAAACGCUGAGUGCUGGUCACAUGACAUUAAUGAUCCUGAUUCGGCCAUUUUUUGAAAGGGCAAAUCUAGACGUAAAAUAAAGCCCUGCCAGAAGAAAGGCAGCUGUGUAAUGCUAAACUUCGGAAAAAGACUAUUUACAUACUGGAGGAGGAGACAGCAGAGAAAUAGACUGUGAGUCAAGUUGCAGGCUGGGUUAGUGUAUAAAGUAACCGUACUGUAUAGUGAGAAGACAGAUCAACUUACUGUACUCAUCAUCAUCAUGGCAUCUGCAGAAGACGGAAAAAACACCGGCAUGCAAAUGCAGUACGUCUUCAUAGGGAUUAUUGCCUUUGUUUCAACUUCAUUGCUUAUUGCGUCCAUCGUGCUUCUUACAAUUGGCUACAUGAAUCCUUUUGGUACUGUUGGACUCGGGAUUUUGGGAGGAGGCUGUAUUCUCUAUUUUUCUACCCUCCUAUUUUUCUGCAUGAGCAGUAUAUGGGUGAAAAACAAAUACUACACAGACAAAACUGACUUUGGAGACAAACAGGUGGGAGCACCCAGAGAGGAUAUAUCUCUCUUGAAACCAGCUUCAAAUGUGACCUUACCUGCAAAUCUUGAGAUUCGAUCCAUGAGCAUUCCAGUGGACAAUAAUAAUCCCGUCCCUUUGUAUUCAGUAUCCACAGUUUACUCUUCUGUUUCUUCUUGUUCAUCUCCUGUCCCUGAGAAAAUCAUGUUAUAUAACUGGCAUGGAGAUGACUCUGAUGUCUUCACAGCUUCUCUUACUACCAUGCAGGACAGUCAUAUAAAGUCACAGGAAAAACCACAAAUAAACCAAGGAUCUACUGAACUAGCCAGUUGUGAGUCUACUGGAUGGAACAAGGUAUACAUGGAAAAAAGGCACACUGAAGAUAUAGCUAUCCAUCACAACAAUGGAAAAUCUAUACCGGAUAUUCCCCGUCAGCGUAGACCUUUAGUGAUGGACACAGCAGAGGGAAUAACCCCUGCACAUUCUUGUAAUCCACAUGAAAAUGGUGACAAGCAGUUGGUAAAAAGCUACUUAGAUAUCCAAAUGAAAACGACAAAGGAAAAUAAUACCAGUACAAAUGCACAGAUUGGGAAAACCCUCCCUGGUGUGCCAACCUCAGUGACACCAUCCAAAUAUCACCAUCACCUAGCUGACAGGUCGAAGAAACCAGAAGAAGGGAAAGGAACAAAUCAUCUUCAAAUGUUAAAGAACAGUAGCCACGAGGUGGAGCCAGCAUUAGCAAACAGGGGUGUACACUUUGGUCAACAAAAUAUCCAAACAUCAAAUGGACAUGGUGCUCUCACUGCCAAAGGUGACGCUUCCAUUCAAGCUGCAACAAAAGAGAAUAAGCAGACAUUCCAGGGCACUACCAGUAAAGGUUUAUACACUGCGCUAGCAGCUAGUGCUGAAAGUGACAAAAAACACAAAUCUUCUGAAGCGUUCAGUCACGACAGAACAGCAAUACCUCUGCAGUACCUCUUACCAAAAAGUCAGCCUGACCAUUCAGCAAAAACACCAAUCUCCAGUCAGAUGACUGCAACAAGAGAUCCUAGUCAGGAGGUCAGAAUCGUGAAGAAGCAAGCCAAGCCUGGAACUAGAAUGGGCUAUUGAGGUCUGUCAUUUUGCAAAUGGUAUCAUUUCUGUUUGCAAGGUGUCAUUUGAUAAGUAAAUUAAUAUAUUUUAUGCUAACUUUGUACUGGUAUAGUGUCUACAAAGUGCACUUAAACAUUUCAAAAUGUCGCAGAAAAGACAAUUAUUUUCCAUUGUUUUGUAGCUUUGGGAAGCAGCUAUUUGGAUCUUUGCCUUGGGACAUGAAUGGAAUAGGAUAACACACUAAUGUUUUGUAUUUUUUGUUUUCUGUGAAUAUUAUGUGCUUCUUAUUUUUGGCAGGUAAAUGUAUAUUCUAUUCCAAAGAAUGUGUGCUGUGUGAGGUGGCAAGUGCUUACAUGCUUUCUUAUAGGACCACUGGCAACAACACUGAGAAAUAUGUGUAUAGGUAAAGAUGUUAGGAGUCCAUUACAGCCACAGUAUAACUGUUUUAGGUAAGAUAUUUCUUUUAUCACCAAUCUUCCUAUACGUAGCCUUAUUUCCUCUAGGAACAGUCUAGUGCUGCCAGAUAACAAGACAAUUACUUGUAAUGAGGUUAAUAAUUAGCUUACAUCAAAGGAAGUCAAAGUUUUAACUGUUGUCAUGGUAUGGAAAAUUUUACAUAUUCAUUUGUUAAUGCUGUCUUUAACCUGUGGUUUCAGUUUAAUAUAUGGAUAAGACAAAUAGAAAAGAUGGUCGUGUUACUUUCUCUUGUCAGCAGCUAGUGACCACAGUAAGUUAGCAGGUGAACCUACCAGGUCAGUUAUAUUAUAUUCCUCAAACAUUGGUUAAAGUUUUUUAUCCCUCUAAAGUUCAUUGACAUCAAGUCAAUAAGGGAAGAAGGGGGCGAGUUGCUGUUGCAACAGCCUAUAAAUACCGGAAAUGGCACCUGCUGAUUUAUAUCUGCAGUCCUAUUAUUAAGCUAUAGGCAAAAUGUGGCAAUUAAAAUAGCAUUUUUUUUAUUUUUAUUUCAGCUCCAUUUUGUUGCUGCACAUACUUAUUUCCUACAACAUUGUGGGCGGCCAGAAGCAGCAAUGUUUGUGAUUUCUGCCUUUCUAGUUGUGGCUAAUCCUCCUUUAUAUUUUGUUUACUCGAGCUGUCUAUGACAAUAUAAUAACUAUUUGAAUUGUGAAUGUGUUUUAUUGAAUAAAAGAAGAAUGUUGAUGCUAUCAUCAUACCUCCCAACAUUAGUGCCCCUUAAUACAGGAGCCUACGUACUCCUGCGCCCAAAAACAGGACGGAGCCUCUAGAAGAGGAGUGUAGCCUUGUGCCGCCACCCCCCCCCCCCCCC